GCCACCCUGGAGAUGGACCCCCAGGGAGCCCAGGAGAGGCAGCAGCAGCAGGGUGUCGUCCCCUUCCUGGGCAUGUUCCUCUAUCACCUGAAGCUGCUGGACUUUGGGAUGGCGGAUGAUCUGGAAAAAUUCAAAGUCAUCCGGAGGAUCCAGCUGCUCCAGCAGGCUGCAAAUGCAUAUGACCUGGAGCCCGACGAGCGAUUUGGGGCCUGGUUCCAGGCCAUGGAGCCCAUCAGUGUCCAUGAGAGCCACCGUGCCCUUGGCGAUGAGCCAUAACCCUCUGGAGACCACAAGUUCA